AUGGGUCUUCCCGAAGAUCCCACUGAGAAAUCAUCUUCAGCCACACCAUCGUCAGUAAAGCCAACUUUCUGGGUCGAAGUUGCUCCACCAUCGACUCGGGGCGCAAAAUGUCGGCUCGACGGCUGCCCGGCGAUUAUUAUGCCAGGACAAUAUAGGAUUGCUGUGUAUCCAGGCCUCCAUGAUUUCCGCGGACACCAGAGUCCAGGGCUGAUUUUUACUGUCAAAGAUUUCUAUCACGUCGUCUGUUUUGAGAAAAUUGCGGAUUUCUCGCAAGCAGACUUUGUGAAUCAGGUUCAACCAGUUACUUGGAAUACGUGGUCGUUCCGGAAUCUCAACUCAUCCAGCGUGCUCGAUGGGAACUAUCUUCUGGAUGCCGGAGCUGAACGAUUGACGAUAUCCUGGAAAGAGGCCGUCAAAAAGCUGAUUGAUGAGCGAGAUGGUGUGGAGACCAAAGACGAUGCCGAGACCAAAGACGACCCGAGUGCAGCUGUCAGAGACCUGCUCGACAAUGCUGGCUCUUCCAAAUACGUGCCACAAGAAAUUGCAGGUGCGAACGCGUUCGAACUUCGGCUCUUAAGCAGCACACUUGCUCCAAAUGAGAGUGACGGCCCUGAAGAUACCGACGAGUGGAAUCUUUUUGAUGAGUACUUGGUUGCAAGAGACGAUGACCAAAAGAGUUUGGACAACCGGCACACUCUGGGCAUGACACUCUUUCUCUGGAGAGAUCAUGUUGACAAGAAGCGGAUAGAGGAAGAGCUUGACCCAAAAGCCAUCCGAGCAAUUAAACGUCUCGCUGUCACUCCAAUGCCAGAUAUUCAAGGCGCUUUUCUUCGAGGCUUGUGA